GCAGGAAUAACUGGCCUAAAACGCGUAGAAUCUUUAAAUGAUGAUCCAAUUUUUAUAAAUUCAAUGGCAAAUAUUGUAAAAGAUCAUCUAGAAAAGGUUAAAUCUGGUAAUUUCUUUUCAAAUCAAUAUUUGUUAAGAUGCCCAAAAUGUAAAAAAGAUUCAUGUCAAAAAUCUAGAGAUUUCUUUAAAGAGCAAAUAUUUAAAAUUUGA